UACAUAGAAUUCCUCAUUUCAAAAUCCCAUUUCAAAGAUUUCAAGUUCAAAACCAUUUUCUUUGUUCAAAAUGGCACCACAUGGAGAGGCCAUUUCAAGGAGCAACAACUUCUCCAAGCCACCAAGGCUGUCAUCCAAUGCCCUCCAAAGAACAAUCUCAGACAUCUCCAUGGAGUUGGGCAAGGAGUUGGCGAUAGCCUCGGACGCCAAACAAGGAGCACUUCCACCGAUAUCCGAGGUCGAGGACGCGCGGUGCGAGUGCUGCGGCAUGUGCGAGGAGUACACGCAGGAGUACAUCGAUCGGAUGCGGGACAAGUUCCUCGGGAAGUGGAUAUGCGGGCUCUGCGCCGAGGCCGUGGAAGGGGAGGUGGAGAAGCUUGGAGGGAGUAGAGAGGAAGCGUUGAAUGCACACAUGAGCGCGUGCGCGAGGUUUAACAAGCUGGGAAGGGCUUAUCCAGUGUUGUUUCAGGCUGAGGCAAUGAGGGAGAUGCUGAAGAAGAAUAGGAUGGAUGGCAGAGGAGGCUUUAGAGCCAAGUCUUUGAGUCCUAGAGACAAAGCUGCAGCUCAAAAGAAAGGUGGAAUUGCAAGGACUUCAAGUUGCAUUCCAGCCAUCACAAGAUCAGAGGAUAUUACCAAUCUAAAACUCAAAAACUAAUUAAUUUUGCCACAAAUCUCCUAAUUUUAGCCACUCCAUUAGGGUCUUUGAGGCUUCUCCACCUAGUUUCAUCAAUUCAUAUUUGAAAGGUAACUUUUUUUUCUAGGUGGUUAUUCUAAUCUUUUUCCUCCCUUCCAUGGGUAGUUUUUUUCUGCAGUAAAAAAGGGUACCUUAACUUUAGUAUGCAUUAACAAGUCAGUACAUUCCUAGAGGUUCAGUGUCAAUUAUGACAUGGUUGGAUGGGAAGAUUUGGCUACCAAAAACCACUUAUAUCCAACCUUAGGUCUUCUUUAUUUCUAAUCAAUUAACAGUAUGUAUCUUACUAUGAAGCUUGUUUAAAUAAAAUAUGUCAAUUUUUUAUAAUAUGGUCCUUUUCAAGGCCUAAUUGGCAAGCUCUCUGACCAAUGAUUUGUUUGUUUGCUGUUGUCAAAUGGGCCACUGAAAUUAACUAAGAAAACUAA